AAUUUAUACUCGCGUGUUCGAGUCAGUUCAAAUUUCUGGACUGAGAGUUUCCAAUAUUUUGUACAUUAUCUACAAAUGUUUUAUUCCGUGUCCAUAGCGUGACCGUAAACAGUGAUAAAAUAUACUCUAUGCGGUACUAUUCUCGAAGUAUUUAAUUUUUAAAAUGUACAAUAAUGUUUUACGAAGUAGCAUCGCUGUCGCAAACAAAUUUUGUUCAAAUGUGGUUGCUUAUCCAGUACAAUAUAAAUCGUUAAAUUCAAAAUUUAAAAUCUUUCAUCUAACGUAUUAUGUUAAACAUUGUGUGGCGAUAACACGUUGUUAUUGUGAUGAAAGAAAUCUUAGUAGAUCUCACCAAACAACUUUAGAAUAUAAUAAAAAAUAUGAAGAAAAACUUCAGGAACUACUUAAAGAACCAUCGAAUGAACACUUUUAUAAAAAGUUUCUACUAGAAUUAGAAGUUUUAAAACAUGAAUCCGGCAGAGUACCAGAAACCCUGAAGGCUAAGGACUGGCUAAUGUUACUUGCGGCACCUAGUAGAUCACAAAGAAGGUCAUAUAUUGAAUAUCUUUGGAAAAUUGAAAGAAAAAAUGAAAAUCGACAGGCAAAAAAGCUAAGGUUACAAGAAGAAAUAGAACAAAAACCACAGACUAGUCCAGAAGAAUCUGAUCAUAUAUUCUAUGGACUUCAGAACAAUUCAAUGUUUAUGCGUAUAUAUGAUACAACAAUAGCACAUUAUUACAAUCAUAAAUUAAUAACUGCUAUGUUAUUUGCACCAAAAAUAGUAUUCGAUCUCGAGUAUGAGAAUAUUAUGUCAGCAUAUGAAACUCAAAAUUGUGCAAAACAAUUGAAACUUUCAUUUGCAGCAAACAGAAUACACAAUGAUCCCUUUAAUGUUUAUUUUUGUAAUGCUAAUCCAUCUGGUUUACUUAUGCAAUCAAUUCACCAAGGAAUACCUACUGUAUAUGAUCCAGAGUUUCCAUUAAAUAUCACUUCAAAAUCCUAUUUAGAAUUAUUUGAUAAAAGUAAAUUAGUAUAUCUAUCUCCAAAUAGUACAGAAGUUUUGGAAAAAUUUGACCAUGAUAUGAUAUACAUAAUAGGUGCAUUCGUAGACAAGAUGAAACCUCAGCCAGUCUCAUUUGCAAAAGCUAAAAAAGAAGGUAUCAAAACGGUUAGACUUCCUUUAGCUGAAUAUUUACCAUGGGGAUCCGGAUCUGCAAAGAAUCUUCCCCUUAACCAUGUUCUUAGUAUCUUAUUAGAUUUGAAAGAAGAUAAUAAUUGGGAAAGAGCUCUUAAACAUAUUCCUUCAAGGAAAUUACAAAGUGCAAGAAUAAAAUCGUUAGAACACAAUAUAACAAAGAGAAAUAAAAUGAUAGAAUUAUUGACGCAUGGAAAAUAACUGUUUUGUUAGUAAUAAAAUUUAUAAUUUUAAAGUUAAAUAAAUUGUUUAAUACAAACUA